CCAGCAAGUAUUGUUGGCGCGCUGUUUUUAUGUUUUGUGCUUUCCUGACUCUCUGCCGUGUUCGUGCUUUUCGUCAGCGCUGAAACCGAAACCAGCUGGCAAUAUCCAUUUAUUGUCUCGCGUUCGCUGCAUUCCGAACAAGUUCUCGACACAAUCUGGCCUGGCCCGAACCAAUCCAACAUAAAUGUUUAUUCCGGCCCAGCGACGCGAAAUUUGCGGUUUUAUUGUGCGUUAAAUCAAAUGUGAUGUCAAUUUAUGCGACUGAUCCAUUCCAAUUGGCAGAGUGCUGGAUCGAGCCCAAAAUAUUCUUUAUUAAUUGAGUGUGUUGUCACAGCAGAAAUUAAACGUCGAAAUCAGCAGAACCACCAGAAACAGCAACAAAAUCACACAUAAAACAUAAAACGAAAAAAAUAUAUUUAUAUUUUGUAUAAUCAAAAUUCAGAACGAGACGCGAAACACAAGGCAACACACAGUGCGAGAUAAAACAAGAGAAGAAGAGAGCGAAGGGAGAGAGACGAAACGACAAGCAAAACAAAAGCAAGAAGUGAACCCCGAAAAUAUUCCGUUUUCUCGAUCUUCUGCGUGCAUCGCUCCAUCUCUUUCUUAUUUACCUGAGUUCCCUGCCCUUGCAGCCGGCAACUCGCUUUCGCGCUCCCGCUCUCACCGGGCAAAACAAAACAGCGCAAAGGAAUAGCGAAUAAGGAAAGCAAAGGAAGGAGCAGCAAACAUGGCAAUGCAACGGGAAGUAGGCGUACAGGACUUUGUCCUACUGGAUCAUGUGUCCAUGGAGAAGUUCAUGGACAACUUGCGUAAGCGUUUCCAAGUUGGUUCCAUCUACACAUACAUCGGCGAGGUGUGCGUCUCGAUGAAUCCCUACAGACAGAUGAACAUCUACGGCCCGGAGACCAUACGCAAGUACAAGGGUCGCGAACUCUUCGAGAAUGCCCCACACGUAUUUGCCAUUGCGGAUUGUGCCUACAGGGUGCUCAAGCAGCGCCAUCAGGACACCUGCAUACUGAUCUCCGGCGAGUCGGGUGCGGGCAAGACGGAGGCCUCGAAGAUUAUCAUGAAGUACAUUGCAGCGGUGACCAAUACACAGGGACAGAAUGAAAUUGAAAGAGUGAAGAACGUGCUCAUACAGAGCAAUUCGAUAUUGGAGACCUUUGGCAAUGCCAAGACGAAUCGCAACGACAAUUCGAGUCGUUUUGGUAAGUAUAUGGACAUCGAGUUUGAUUACAAGGCGGAUCCAGUGGGUGGCAUCAUCACCAACUAUUUGCUGGAGAAGUCGCGUGUGGUGCAGCAACAGCCGGGCGAACGGAACUUUCACAGUUUCUAUCAGCUUCUGCGCGGAGCCAGCGACAAUGAACUGCGGCAGUAUGAGCUGCAAAAGGAGACGGGCAAAUAUCAUUACUUGAACCAAGGCAGCAUGGAUAUACUGACAGAGAAGUCCGACUACAAGGGCACGUGCAAUGCCUUCAAAACUUUGGGCUUCUCCACGGAUGAGGUGCACACCAUUUGGCGCACAGUUGCCGCUGUGCUGCACCUGGGCAAUGUGGAGUUUCAGACCAUUGAGGACGAGCUGGUCAUCAGCAACAAAAAGAGUCUGCAGUCCACGGCCAAGCUGCUGCAAGUCACCGAAUCGGAGCUGGCAACGGCCUUGACCAAACGCGUCAUUGCCGCUGGUGGCAAUGUCAUGCAGAAGGAUCACAAUGCCACACAGGCAGAGUACGGCAAGGAUGCGCUGGCCAAGGCCAUCUACGAUCGUCUCUUCACCUGGAUCAUUUCACGCAUCAAUCGUGCGAUACUCUUCCGCGGCAGCAAGACCCAAGCGCGGCACAACUCCGUCAUUGGUGUGCUCGACAUUUAUGGCUUUGAGAUCUUUGAUUCGAACAGCUUUGAGCAGUUUUGCAUUAACUAUUGCAACGAGAAGCUGCAGCAGUUGUUUAUAGAAUUGGUGCUAAAGCAGGAGCAGGAGGAGUACCAACGCGAGGGCAUCGAGUGGACAAAUAUUGAUUACUUUAACAACAAGAUCAUUUGCGAUCUUGUGGAGCAGCCGCACAAGGGCAUCAUCGCCAUCAUGGACGAGGCCUGUCUGAGUGUGGGCAAUGUCACCGAUGACACGCUGCUGGGCGCCAUGGACAAGAACCUCAGCAAACAUCCGCACUACACCAGUCGCCAGCUGAAGCCCACGGACAAGGAGCUGAAGCAUCGCGAGGACUUCCGCAUCACGCACUACGCCGGGGAUGUCAUCUACAACAUUAAUGGAUUCAUCGAGAAGAACAAGGACACGCUGUAUCAGGACUUUAAGCGUUUGCUGCACAACUCCAAGGAUGCAAACCUCAGCGAAAUGUGGCCCGAGGGUGCGCAGGACAUCAAGAAGACCACCAAGCGACCGCUGACGGCUGGCACACUCUUCCAGCGAUCCAUGGCCGAGCUGGUCGUGACGCUGCUGAAGAAGGAACCCUUCUAUGUGCGCUGCGUCAAGCCAAAUGACAUCAAGAGCUCCACAGUGUUCGACGAGGAGCGAGUGCAGCAUCAAGUGCGGUAUUUGGGUCUGCUCGAGAAUGUGCGCGUGCGUCGUGCGGGCUUUGUGCAUCGUCAGCGGUACGACAAGUUCCUGCUGCGCUACAAAAUGAUCUCCCAGUACACGUGGCCCAAUUUCCGUGCCGGCAGCGAUCGCGAUGGCGUGCGUGUGCUCAUCGAGGAGAAGGGCUUCGCGCAGGACGUGAAGUACGGCCACACGAAGAUCUUUAUACGCUCUCCCAAGACGUUGUUUGCGCUGGAACAGCAGCGGAAUGAGAUGAUCCCACACAUUGUGACGCUGCUGCAGAAGCAGGUGCGUGGCUGGAUUGCCAGGCGCAACUACAAGAAGAUGAAGGCAGCCAUGGCCAUAAUGCGGGCCUACAAAACCUACAAGCUGCGCAGCUACGUGCAGGAGCUGGCCAAUCGCUUCCGCAAUGCCAAACAGCUGCGGGACUACGGCAAGAGCAUUCAGUGGCCACAUCCCCCGCUUGCCGGACGCAAGGCGGAGGCGAAGUUGCAUCGCAUUUUUGAUAACUGGCGCGCCUGCAUGAUUCUGCGCAAGUAUCCGCGCAGCGAGUGGCCACAGCUGCGGCUGCAGAUCAUUGCGGCCACCGCAUUGGCAGGCCGACGACCACACUGGGGCCAGCAGCGUCGCUGGCUGGGCGACUAUCUGUCCAAUUCGCAGGACAACAGCGGCUACGAUUCGUACACCACAAAUGUGCGGAAUAUGAAGAAUCACGGCGGUGGCGACUCCGUACGCCAGGUGCUCUUCUCCGGCUUCGUGAAGAAGUUCAAUCGGCACAACAAGCAGGCGGAUCGUGCGUUCAUUGUCACGGACUCCACCAUUUACAAGCUGGAUGGCAUCAAGAAGAAGUUCCGUGAUUUACAGCGCUCCAUUGGCAUCAGAGAACUGACUUCAAUCAGUGUUACGCCCGGACGCGAUCAGCUGAUUGUCUUCCACUCGCCCAAGAACAACGAUUUGGUGUUCUCGCUGCAAGGCGAGACAUCGCCACUGAGGGAGGAUCGCAUUGGCGAGCUGGUGGGCAUUGUCUGCAAGAAGUAUCAUGACUUAACUGGCACGGAACUGCGCGUGAAUGUGAGCAGUAAUAUUGCCUGCAGAUUGGGCGACAAGCCGCGCAACAUUGUGGUCGAGGGUGCGGCCAAUGUGGAGAUACCAAAUUUCCGUCAUUCCGCUGGCAGCAUUAUCUUCGAGGUGCCCUCGUCCUACUGCGUUUGAAAGGACAAGCGGGAGAGGACACCAACCUAAUUGUACAUUUGCAAACCAACCCUAAGCUAAGGAACUUUCUACUUAAACUUGUCACUGAUCUGUCCACUAAAUCAAGCUCACUUCUGUGUAUACCCCGUGCCUUCUGCGAACCCACGCUCCCUCUCCCUAUUGUAGUUGUAAAAAUGUUUUCUAGCUAGUUAUACGCGUAUCUAUGUCUAUGCCUGUGUCUGUGUUUUUUUGUUUUUGUCAAGCAAUUUUGUGUGUAAUUUUGUACAUUUUUCUAUUACGUAUUUUUUUUUAAGGCGAUUUAUUUAUUUAACCACAAUCCAUGUGAACGAUUCGCAAGCUGCCUGUUGAGCUGGCAGACAAACAGCAAUUAAAAGUAUUCGAUGUGUA